UGCUUGUGUUAUAUUCAUGCAUUCUGAGGCCAUACAACACAUACAAUGGGUUGUAGGGGUGGAAUAGGGCCCAUUUUCAAGAAAUUCAAGCCACACCUUCUCAUGGUUUUGGCUGAAGUUGGCUACACAUUCCUUAACUUAUUCUCAGAAGCUUCUUUCAAACAUGGAAUGAAUCCUCACGUCUAUGUGACCUACAGACAGCUUGUAGCUGGUGUGUUCGUAUUUCCCUUUGCCUAUUUCCUUGAGAAAAAAAUAAGGCCAAAGCUCACACUCUCAUUGUUUCUGGAGAUAUCUCUACUCUCUCUUCUUGGGAUCAGCUUAGCACCAAACAUGUACUCUGCGAGCUUAAGAUACACUUCUCCCACAUUCGCGGCAUCCAUAGCCAACAUCGUCCCUUCAUUGACUUUUUUAUUGGCAGUUCUUCUCAGAUUGGAGGGUCUGGAUAGGAGCACACGUGGGAUGGCAAAGAUUGUUGGGACCCUGGUUUCACUGGUGGGUGUGAUGAUCAUGACACUCUAUAGAGGACCUGUUUUGAGGAAUUUAGGGCAUGCGCUUGUUCACGUCCAAGGAAGUACUACCAUCAAGGAAAAUUGGAUAAAGGGGCCCAUUCUUAUAAUCGGAUACUGCAUCUCAGCCUCCUUAUGGUUUCUCAUGCAGGCAGUCACAUUGAAGAAAUACCCGGCCCAGCUUUCACUAACUACGUGGAUGACCCUUGUUGGUGGGGCCCAAUCAGCUGUUUUCACAGCAUGCCUGACACACGAACCCAAGGCGUGGACUGUUGGAUUCAACAUCGACCUCUGGAAUAUCCUAUAUUGUGGAGUGGUAGUCUCUGGUUUAAUAUUCUACAUACAACUAUGGUGCACUAAAGAAAAAGGACCCGUGUUUAUAACCACUUUCAACCCUCUUGCAGCCCUACUCAUUGCAUUACUAGCAUACUUUGCUCUUGGUGAAAAACUGCACAUGGGAAGCAUAAUCGGAGGUGUUAUUGUCAUCAUUGGACUCUACUUGCUGUUGUGGGGCAAAGAAGGAGAUCACGUGGACCAGAUCAAGUCUCAAGAGGCUUCCUUGUCUUAUGAAGAACCAAAGGAAGGAAGCCAAGAUAAAGGCGUUUAUUUAGGUGGAGAGGGAGAUAAGUUGAGGAGAUCGCUGGACGUCUAAAUCCCGUACUGCAAGGGAAAAUUAUCAAAAUCUAUAUAAUAAUUGAUCACCUGCAGCAAGUGGCACCAUAAGUUAUCAUGCAGGCAUGUUUUUGCUGCCAAAAUGCCACUUACAUAGAACAUCAGCACCAUUCUAAUAAUGGGCCUCGAAAUAAAGAUCUCUUAUAUACAAAAAUCAAUUAUAAUCCACACACCAAGUGGGCCACAUCUGAAUUUUGAGUCUGGGCCCUCGUUUCCGUUUAUUCUAAUGGUGUGGCCCACCUGAUGAUGGGACUGGCUUGGUUUUGUCCCACAGUUAGCAUGGUAUAUAUAAAUGUCCUACACAAGUAGGAAGUUGGGAAGAAAAUAUGCCUUCAAGACAAGUUAUGCUCUAUCUAUAGAUGAGUACCAAUAUCCACUGGACGAUGUAAGAAAACAAUUGUAUCACAAAACAGCUAUUUAUGAGAAAAAAGUAUGGUUUGUAUUCGUUUCUAUCAUGACAUGAACUUCAAUGAUACAUAGGCAUAAUAUCUGAAUGUAUUAUUAUUGUAUCAUUUUCCAAAUAAUAUAACGGAAUUCAAAUUAUAAAAACAUUAUGAUAUUUAUCA